AUGACUGUGCCUAAUCUCAUCGAGCAGCGGCCCUACAAUUCAACUUGGGCCGGUUGUGGUUGCGCCCGGGUGCGCAAACCGUGGAUCACAUCGGCUCUGUUUGAAGGCAGCUACGAUCUCCCUAUCGAGCGGUACCUACCGAGGUGCUACAGAAUCAGCCGCCCGUGGAGCUACAAGAUCAACCGCGGCACCUCUGUCACUCCAGAUUUCAAAGAAGGCCAGGCCUACUACGCUGCCUACAGAGCUGCUGUCGCGGACCAUCUCAGCAUAGCCACGACGCCCGUCUUGCGGCGUGCUCUGGAACACGCCUUUGAGCGGCUCCCAGAUCUCAAGUCUGUUGGGUUGAGACACUGCAAAGCCUACAGAGUGCCCGUUAGGAAUGGCGAGAUAAUCUGGGCUCGGCCGGAUGUCAAGUGCAAAGGCUGGAAGGCACUGGCCGAAGCCGCAGGACAUGAUCCAGCCGAGGCGUGGUAUGACGCUCUGCCGAUGAGUCCGGGUACUCCACGCGUCAGAGCCCAUGUGGUCUCGACCUUGUUGAUGGCGCUAGUGACCGCGCGAAAGAAGAUCGACAUCUUGACAUCUUGGACACCUGUGACGACUUCUGCAGUGGUCUCAUACUCGGUGAUUUUGGACUCACCAACUCGCAAUGGGGAUUCGAUCCUCUACAGCCUGGCCGGGGUGAGAGACCUCCCUCCAUCUCUGCAUCCGUGA